UUGGCAGCUCAUCUCCAGGGAACGCUUCUAAGGAGAUACUUAUGGAGCUGCAGAGACAUUCCAAGUCUACAGAGGAUCCCCGUAGACCAGCCGAAACCAUGGAACGUUCCUCUCUGCAAGACCCCACAAGUAACUUGGGGCACAUCAAGCUGGAACUGGAGGAUGAGGGAGGGGAAGUCCAGAUUUCACCUCCUAAACUGUCUCGCCCACCAGUGCCUUCUCCCGCGGGUGCCCUUCUUCAGGGUUUGAAUGGGUUGCCCGGAGCAGGCAAACAGGCCCACAUUCCUGUAGGGACGAGUGGCAUGGAACAAGGAGAAACCUCCCGACUGGGGCGCUACUUGUUGAUUGACAGCCAGGGGCUGCCAUACACGGUACUGGUAGAAGAGGGGGUGGGGUCAGCGGAGGCAACUGCAGGGGGCACAGAGGGUGGAUGGAGCGGGGGGCCCUUGCGUAAGGUGUACUGCUGUCCAGUGUGUUCCCGAACAUUUGAGUACCUUUCUUACCUGCAGCGCCACAGCAUCACCCACUCGGAAAGCAAGCCUCACGUAUGCCGAGCUUGCGGCAAAGCCUUCAAGCGCACAUCCCACUUGGAGCGCCACAAAUACACCCACUCUGGCCGUAAGCCCCACCAAUGCCCCAUCUGCCAGCGUAGCUUCCGUGACUCUGGGGAGCUCUCACACCACCAGCGGGUGCACACGGGCGAGCGGCCCUACCAAUGCGAAGCAUGCCACAUGCGCUUUGGCGAGCGCAACACUCUUCAGAGGCACAUCCGACGGAAGCACCGUCUACAGCUCCUUCCCACACCGUAGAGACUGGCCUUCUGGGGUGUACAUUGUGUCAGAGGCAUGGAGACCCCCCACUGCCUGUCCAGGCCUUAGGAAUCUACGUCCUGGGACUUGCUAACAUCCGGGCAUACAAUGGCAAUCUUGGCCUGGACAUAUUUGCCCUUGUCUUAUGGAACUGGUACUUCCACAUCUGCCCUGGAGGAAUCUAAAGGGAGAACCUCACCCACCAAUGCCUAAAAUUCUCUGCCGUGGAAGAGGCAGCUUUCUGAGACAUCACAUGGCCCAUCUUCUCAUGCUGCAAGGACUGGCCUACCUGCUCUCUAGAUACUCCAGUUUGUCAUUUCUUCCUGAGCACCUAAUAAACUGGCAGGGAGAGCCAUUUCACCCUGGUGACCAUUGCCCCUGUAAGUCAUAUGCAUCUACCCUUGGAUACGCCAGCCUAGCAUUAUCUGCCUCUGCAAUAGACAGCAUGACCUGCUAGUAUCCAGCUCUGUCCAAUCCUAUGACUCUGUGGCAGGGAGAAUCCAGCCCACUUGGCCCAGGCCUUGCACUUAAUAGACAGGCACUGUCCCCCACCGUGUAUGCCUGAAGGACAUGGUGUCAUGAAGCCUGUAGCCUGGCAAUGCCUACCCCUUUGUUUACCUCGCCUUGAAAGGGCAGCUCUCUGAGAAGGGUUACCUUGCAUCCCUUUCAGGUGCACAUUGCCCUGGAAACAGCAUGGAGACCCUCAGCAUGGCAAACGAAACUCGGUCCCACUCAUUUUAUAAAGGUAUGCUUCACAAAUACAGAAAGUAUCAGCUUCUUUGGGCCUGGGGAAGAUGAACCGGAGGGGCGAAGGCCAGGGGAAUAUCUCUCCUUCCUCCACAAUCGCCAGCUACAGAUUUGAAUUGAGUUUUCAAAAUGUGUGAACUCCCUUGCAGAAGCCUCAUUGGGAAGAGCUUGGUGUCCCCCUGGAGUAGGAUCUCACCCCAACACACUUCCUUCCUCCCCCUCCAUCCCCAGUAACGAACAAUAUGAAGCCAGUUCCAGAGGGGUAGCUUUUUAGU